AAAUAUAAUUAAUAUUUUAAUUGAAUAAUAAUAAGAAUUAAAAGAGAAAAAACAUUUUUAUAUGUUGUGAUUAAUAUGAGUAAAAUUUAUAAACAAAUGUUUAACAAUAGUAUUAUACAAAUAAUCGUUAUAACAUGGCUAAUACAGCAACAGCAAUUAACAAUGUGUAUUGCUGCUUGGCAGCCGCUGCAGGCUACAGCAAUGAAUCCUAUUUCAAAACUAGACCAUGGUAUACAAGCUCAACACAAACAACACAAUGUCAGAGAUGACAUUUUACAUAAUAGUACUAGCAUUAGUGAGGACAGCACUACGAACAACAACACAGCUGCUGUGGCUGCAGCAAACAACAAAUUAUAUGUCAACAACACUGAUACCCAAAUGACCCUUAAGCUAAAAGAUGCAACAGCUAGAAAUGUCUAUACUAAAUAUUAUAACAAAACAUUGUUAUUGGCACCCGUUACGAAGACAGCAAAUGAGGACAGCAACAGCAGCAGCAGCAAAAGGACAACUACAAAUAAAACAACUCUUCCCUAUAACACCACAAAACCAACUGAAACUGUAAAGAUUAGUGUCGAAUUAACUAGCACAACUGAAACAUUUGCUGACGGUCAGUUAGCUGCAGAAAUAAUAAGAUCUCAAGAGACACAAACAACUAAUAAUGUUGCAAAUAAAACCCACAACCUAAAUCAUCAUUAUAAUCAUCCCACUAAUACACCUGCAUUAUUAAAUAUAACACAUUUUACUUCUAACACUAAACGCCCUUAUAUGAAGCUUAAACGUAAAACCUUGAUAACAAUGACCACCACUGCUGCUACAGAUUCCCUCAAACUGUCAUUUGCAGAUAAGAGAAAAACUGUAGAAAAGGCAAAACAAACAAUUAUAAACAACUUAAUAAGUAAUAAUAAUAAUUUAAUUAAUAAAACGUAUACAAAGGUAAAAAACGUAAAAAAUGAGAUAAGAGAUAAUACAGAAAAAGGAUUGAAUUCAAGGAUUUUAAAGGAUUUGCCGGGAAAAUAUGUUGAAAAAGCAGCAGCUUUUGUAGACUUAAUUGAAAAAGAUAAAAACCAACAAACUGCCAACGAAGACAGAAGUACAACAAGAACAACACCAAACACCACAAGAGCUCAAAAUUUACACAAAGCGUUGGAAGUGGAAAAAGCUAAUUUAAAUACAACGAAUUUAAGCUUUAAAAAUAAUGAAAAAGAACAAAUUGUUAAUAAUGAAAAAGGUGUUCAAAUGGAUGUAAAUGAAAGCAUACUCAAGGGAGAGAAAAAUAUAAAUUUAACCAUUACUUUAAAAAAGCAAAGCUUUAGUGAAAAUAAGGCUGCAAAAGAUAUCACAAAAGCUUUAACUCUAAGUUCUCAUCUCUCAGAAUCUAAAGAUAAAAACAUCUCUCAGAAGGAAUCGAAAGCAGCUCAACUCACUUUAGAAACUUUAAAUUUAAAGCCGACGAAAAGUUUUAAUGAAAACAACAAGUCUUAUGAGCUUACUGGCAAAAGCUUAGUUCAAAAAAACAACACAAAAGCUAAUGAUUCAGAUAUCUCUUUAGAUGUACUGCAGCUUGAAAGUUUAAGUGAUAACAUCAAGUUCAAAGAGCUUAUAGGCCAAAUCAGUAAUAAAAAGAGCCAUUCAAAAGCUAAUAUAACGAAAGCUUUUGAAGAGCAAAAGCUUUUCCCGCAAUCAUUAAGCUUAGAAACUGAAAGUUCUGUUUCUAAAGGUAAAAAUCCUUCUAGUGACAAUUUACCAGAACUAUCGAAGUCAAUGGAAUAUAAACAUGAUAUAAAAGCUAUAGCUCCUGAACUUUCUAUGAAAGCUAAUAAUCUUAAAUAUUACAAUUCAGAUUCUGAAAGUGAACAUCUGUCGCUAGAGAACAUAAAGGCCGAUAAAAAAGAAAAUUCACCUAAAACUUUAGACAUUUUAUCAACAGACUCAAAGCAAAGCAAUAAUGAUCAAGCAACAAGCUUUCUUCAAGUUGUUAACUUUAAUGCUCCAGAAAAUUUCACUACAAAAAGCUUAAGAUCUCAGAAACUAAACUCUACAGAGAACACACAAACUGCUGACGAGAGAUUAAGAGCUCGUGCAAUACAAACCAAAAGUAAAAAUCUUACAGAAGAGCUUUUUGAUCAUGAAGAUGAAAAUAAAGAUCUUGCAAAAAGCUUUUCAGAUGUGAUCUUACAACAAAAUAAAACAAGUGAAACUUCUAAGAUGUCUGAUUUUAAACAUAUAAAGCUUACGGUGAAAGAAAAUACAAAAGCCAUUACUGAAAGCUUAGAAAAACAGAGUAACAAAAAAGCUUCGGCACUUUUGCAACAACCUAUUACUGAUGAAAUAGACAACAUAACAGACAUCGCAAAUCAGAAACUAAAACUUAAAACAAUUAAAACUAAUCGACCAACUUUGGCAAAACAAAAACAACAUUCCUUAAGAUCCACUUUGUUAAGAGAAAAACGUUUCAAAGAGAAAAACUUAAACCCGAACAAACCCACACAAACUUUAGUAAAUCUUACAAAACCACAACUAGAAAAUAGCACCGAAAGUUCUUACGACUAUAUCAAUGACAACAGAACAACUGAACAGCAACAUAUGGUGACUCCUUCGGCAAUUACCGAUACCAUAAAAAAAUCCAAAAUCGAAUCUCUAAUGCCAAAUGAUACAAAAUCAAUUAUUGUCGUUGUUGAAAACAAAAAACAAAAUAUAUCUAAAAAUGAAAGCGUUGAAUUGGAAACAGCGGAUGAACGUAAAUUAAAUUUUACUGAUGAACAAAAAAUAUUGCCAAUCAAUACAACAACUAAAGGAAAUGGCAAUAACAUGAUGGUAAUUGAGAAUAAAAUGAAUAACAAACAGCUGGAUGCGAAGGAAAGACAGUCAAAAGAUUACAAUAAAAACCAAAAUAUUCAACUUAUUGAUGAGGAACAUGUUGUCAGUGAAAUUAAUGGCAUUAAUACGAUGACAACAGCCUCAACAGCAGUAGUGGAAGAUAAAACGACAGCAACAACUUCUAAAACAUACUUAAUCACAACUCCUACAACUGUUGAAACAUCAGACACAGCAGUGUCAAAACAAAUAUUAUUGGAAUUGCCAACAACAGUUGCACAACCUCGCACCACCACCACCGCCGCCACCCUCUCUACAUCACGACCAUUUUCUAUAUUUACUGAAAGCCUUCAAAAUACUACCGUAGCUAACUUAUUUACCACUACUAAUGGACCCUUAUCAAUACAUGAUUUAGUUAAUACUAGAUUAAACACAGUUAGUGUUGAUAUCGAAACUAUACCAACUACUUAUACAACUACAACACUAAUGCAAUUAGUUUCUACAACAUCAACCGCAACAUUACCACCAUUCUCCUAUAAUUCUACUCUAACAUCAUAUCUGAGUUCACCACCACCAUCACCACCCUCCUCACUGCCAUCAUUAGCAGUAUCGUCGGCAUCAUCUGCUGCAGUGUCUUCUAUGUCUAGUUUAUAUAACAACAACUUUGCCACUACUUCCACUACUAGCACACCCUCUUGGCCCGUCAAACAUGCCUCCGUAAUGGAGGGUAAUGUUAUUUUAGGCGGUCUUAUGAUGGUUCACUCACGUGAGGAUAGCAUUACCUGCGGCCCCAUUAUGCCUCAGGGUGGUAUUCAAGCUCUAGAGGCUAUGCUUUAUACUUUGGAUCAGGUUAAUAAACAACAAUUGUUGCCCAAUAUUACAUUGGGUGCUCAUAUUUUGGAUGAUUGUGAUAAGGAUACUUAUGGUUUGGAAAUGGCUGUGGAUUUUAUUAAGGGUUCCAUUAGCAACAUAGAUGAUGCUGAAUAUCAUUGCAAUAAGACAACUGUACGAAAAGUUAUUUCCGGUGUAGUGGGUGCUGCCUCAUCGGUAACUUCUAUACAAGUGGCAAACUUACUUAGAUUGUUUCGUAUACCACAGGUCUCCUUUUUCUCCACCAGUCCUGAGCUAAGCAAUAAACAACGUUUUGAAUAUUUCUCACGAACUAUACCCUCGGAUCACUAUCAAGUUAAGGCCAUGGUGGAAAUUGUUAAGCGCAUGGGUUGGAGUUAUGUAUCCAUUAUAUACGAAGAAAGUAAUUAUGGCAUAAAGGCUUUCGAGGAAUUGGAAGAAUUGCUGGCCCGUCAUAACAUUUGCAUUGCUGUUAAAGAGAAACUAGUUAAGGAUUCUGGUGUGGCCGACGAAAUUGCAUACGAUAGUAUUGUUCAAAAGCUACUGACCAAACCACGAGCACGUGGUGCCAUAAUAUUUGGUUCCGAUCAGGAAGUACGUGAAGUAAUGCGUGCCGUGAGACGUAAUAAUGCCACUGGCGCCUUUUCAUGGAUUGGCUCGGAUGGCUGGAGUGCACGUAACUUGGUGUCGGAUGGCAAUGAGCCAGAGCUACAAAUACAAAUACAAAUUUAUGGAACAUUCAGCGUUGGUUUCUGCUUCACCGUAGUCUAUGCAGCUUUGCUCACAAAAACAAAUCGUAUUGCACGCAUUUUUAAAGCCGGCAAACAAUCUGCCAAGCGGCCUUCAUUUAUUAGUCCCAAGUCACAGUUGGUUAUUUGUUCGUUUUUUAUUUCCAUACAGAUAUUAAUUAAUGGUGUUUGGAUGUUAAUAGCACCAUCACAUGCCAAACAUUAUCAUCCAACACGCGAAGAUAAUCUAUUGGUUUGUGAUUCGUACAUCGAUGCCUCGUAUGUUAUAGCUUUCUUUUAUCCCAUUGUACUGAUCGUGGUGUGUACUGUGUAUGCGGUGUUGACACGCAAAAUACCAGAGGCUUUCAACGAAUCAAAACAUAUCGGAUUUACAAUGUACACCACAUGUGUCAUUUGGCUGGCAUUUGUUCCAUUAUAUUUUGGUACGGCUAAUCAUGUACCUUUGAGAAUAACAUCAAUGUCGGUGACAAUAAGUUUGUCGGCCAGUGUUACCAUUGCUUGUCUAUUUUCUCCCAAGAUUUCUGUGCUAAUUUCCGUAGUCUAUUCUACGGACUUGUCUGUGUCCAUCUUCUAUACCAACAGAUAG